GGAGGAGGGGGGCGCAGGCCGGGGCGGGACGGGCUGCCCGGGCUGCCCGGGGAUGGAGCGGCGCUGAAGGCAUUGUGCUAGGCGCCGGCCUGGCUGGGUCUGCAGCCCUCCCCCCGACCCCGCUUCCCCUUCGGCGGUCCCGGAGCCCCCCUCUCCCAAGUCUUAUUGAGGCUCAUUCCCGGCUGCAUCGCGCCUUGCUUUUGGGGCGCUGGUGCUUUGGCAUCAGUCUUUGGAGCUCUUUGUGGGAAGAGCCUGGGGGGCGCGUCCCCUCUAAUCGGCCGGAGGCUUUUCAGAAGCCCACCUGGUUCUGCUGGGUGCAGCCCACUCCAUUUCCCCGGAGCCCCUCUGCACAUCCCCCUAGGAAGGGAGGGCAUCAGUGCAUGCCCCGGACUCAGCCCGGGAGGGCCGCGCCCCCUACUGCCGGCUCAGGAAUGGGGGUGUGGGGCGCAGCGACCCCGACACUCGGCUGGAAUCCGUGAGGAUCAGCCGUCCAGCAUGCUCUGCUCACCGCAUCCCGAGGGGCACUGACCAUGAGCCUCAACUCCUCCUUCGACUACAGGAAGGAGCUGAGCAACCUCACUGCAGCGGAGGAGGGUGGUGAAGGGGGUGUGGUCGCCGAGUUCGUCGCCAUCAUCAUCAUCACCGUGUUCGUCUGCCUGGGCAACUUAGUCAUUGUAGUCACUUUGUACAAGAAGUCCUACCUCCUGACCCUCAGCAACAAGUUUGUCUUCAGCCUGACCCUGUCCAACUUCCUGCUGUCUGUGCUGGUGCUGCCGUUCGUGGUGACUAGCUCCAUCCGGAGGGAAUGGAUCUUUGGCGUGGUCUGGUGCAACUUCUCGGCUCUUCUCUACCUGCUGAUCAGCUCGGCCAGCAUGCUCACUCUCGGGGUCAUUGCCAUCGACCGCUAUUAUGCUGUCCUGUAUCCAAUGGUGUACCCCGUGAAGAUCACCGGGAACAGAGCCGUCAUGGCUCUCGUCUACAUCUGGCUUCACUCCCUCAUUGGCUGCCUGCCACCGCUAUUUGGUUGGUCAUCGGUGGAGUUUGAUGAGUUCAAGUGGAUGUGCGUGGCUGCGUGGCACCGGGAGCCUGGCUACACCGUCUUCUGGCAGAUCUGGUGUGCCCUGUUCCCCUUUCUCAUCAUGCUAGUGUGCUAUGGCUUCAUCUUCCGUGUGGCCAGGGUCAAGGCCCGAAAAGUGCACUGCGGCUCGGUGGUCAUCGUGGAGGAGGAUACUCAGAGGAGUGGGAGGAAGAAUUCCGGCACCUCCACUUCGUCCUCGGGCAGCAGGAGGAACGCUUUUCAAGGCGUGGUCUACUCCGCUAACCAGUGCAAAGCCCUCAUCACCAUUCUGGUGGUCCUGGGAGCCUUCAUGAUCACCUGGGGUCCCUACAUGGUUGUCAUUACCUCAGAGGCACUCUGGGGGAAGAACUACGUCUCCCCAGCCCUGGAGACUUGGGCCACAUGGCUGUCCUUCACCAGUGCCAUCUGCCACCCUCUCAUCUAUGGGCUCUGGAACAAGACCGUGCGCAAAGAGCUUCUGGGCAUGUGCUUUGGGGACCGUUACUACCGGGAGCCAUUUGUGCAGCGACAGAGGACUUCCAGGCUCUUCAGCAUUUCCAACAGGAUCACAGACUUGGGCCUGCCCCCACACCUCACGGCUCUCAUGGCAGGCGGACAGUCCCUGGGGCACAGCAGCAGCACCGGUGACACUGGCUUCAGCUACUCCCAGGAUUCAGGGACGGAUGUGAUGUUGCUGGAAGACCAUGCGUCUGACGACAACCCUGCCCCCCACUGCACCUGCCCACCCAAGAGAAGGAGCUCCGUGACAUUUGAGGAUGAAGUAGAACAGAUCAAAGAAGCUGCCAAGAACUCUAUUCUCCAUGUGAAGGCUGAAGUCCACAAAUCCUUGGACAGUUAUGCAGCCAGCUUGGCUAAAGCCAUUGAAGCCGAGGCCAAAAUCAACUUAUUUGGGGAGGAGGCUUUGCCAGGAGUCUUGUUCACAGCACGGACUGUCCCAGGGGCUAGUUUUGGGGGGCGUCGAGGCAGCAGGACUCUUUUGAAUCAGAGGCUACAACUGCAGAGUAUUGAGGAAGGGGACAUCUUAGCUGCAGAACAGAGAUGAAGGCCGCAGAGGGGGCUAUUGGUACUGGUGCCUGUGCCAAGGCCCUGGAAGACGUCACCCCUCACAGAGGGCCAGACGCCGGGAAGGAAACAUUGUGUGUGCAGCCAGGAGGACUGGAAACCCCGACCUCAGUGUCUGCUGUGAACACACAUGUGGGCUGCAUCAGGGAUCAGGGGCCGUGGGCUGGAACGAGGCUUCCAAAGCACUCUGGAAAGAGACGGAGAUGUGGCUGCAGUUUUGGGAGGACUGGAGGUGAUGGGUUUAAAGGGAAGCCCCCAUGUGGAUCUCGUCUUCACCAGUAUCCUGCUGGUCUAACUGCUCAUGGUCUCAGAGGUAGUCCCUGCUCAGUGCACCUCAUGGCACACAAGACCAUCUGCGGUUCUCUGUGGUUGAUCCAGGCAGCAUGGGGCAACAUAUACUAGACUAAAUACAAACAGUCCAGAUAGACACCCAGGAGUAGAGCACCUUAUACAGACACCCUAUAUCUUCCACCCUAAAUAGGAUUUGGUCUUUGGCGGCACCUGCUGCUGGCCUGUAGGAGCAGCCCACAGGCUACCCAAGAUGGGGCCACCCCACCCACCUCUUUGUUGGCAGAUGUUUUAGUAUUUGAAAAGAAGGGAGAAACCACUAUAAAAGGCAAGGGUGAGUACCAGGCAUUUCAUUUCCAAAAUUAAAAACCCAGGAGAUAGGGCACACCACUAACACCCGGGCUGUGAUGUCACGUACAGCGGGGAAGAAUCUGGGGGGAAAAUCUCUCACACAGGAGAUGUGGGAGAUGCUUGACAAACAUGUUGGCUUCAAAUCCCAGGAGCAAUUGUGACUGUCACUGCAUCUUUGGGGCGGGCACAAGGUAGAAGCCGGAGUUGAGUUCACAGCCUGGGUUCUUGGCCCAGCUUGGUCUUUGUCUGUGGAUCAUCUGGAACAUCCUGUCCUGCACUGGGCCAUUUGCAGACAUGGGAGAGAGGAGGGAGGAGCUGGAACAAGUAAUCUCCAAUAUAAUUUCCAGCUCUGAUCUUUGAUGUCUUCUGAAUUUGUAAUUUAAGAGAUGGGAACAAACUGAACAUGACCAGUGGUUGAACCAGCAUUUGUAGACUUUUGAGGUUGUCCGCAAUGAACACACACGGAGCUACAUGCACACUCUGGCCUUGUAUCUUUGCACCCAUUGGCUGUUUACUAAAUGCCGACUACUGAGACACGGGUCUGAAGAGGGUGCCGCAGCU